UCGAUCCCAUCCAUCAUCUUCCAAAUUUUCCAACUUCCCGCAGAAAAUCCUCUACUCUUAACACUCUCGUCGUCGGAUAAUAUCCCUGGCUGGACCCUCUGCUCGUGCUUGGCUCAGAGUCUUUUCAGCUCAACGCUUCAUUUUCCUUUCCCAAUAUUCUUCCUUCUUCACCUCAUCACCCCCACCAGCGCCACCACUAACUACUACUACUACUACUACUAUUACUACAACAACUAUUAUAAUCUCACUCUCACUCUUUCUCCAAACAUCAUCAUCAGCAAAAUCCACAAUGAGCUCAAAACAUGAGCAACAACUCCAUGUGGCUUUUCUACCUUACAUGGCGCCAGGCCACAUGAUGCCUAUGGUAGACAUCGCUCGCCAAUUCGCCGCUCACGGCGUUCAGGCCACCGUAAUCACCACCACAGCCAACGCUCGCCGCCUCAAGCCGGCCGUUGAUCGCGACGCCCACUCCGGCAACAACAUCAGGCUCGAGAUCCUCCCCUUCCCGUCGGCCAAAGCUGGCCUUCCCGAAGGCUGCGAGAACCUCAUCGACACCCCCACCCCCGAGAUGACCAUAAGGCUCUACGGCGCCAUCAAUUUGCUCCAGCCCCAGUUCGAAGCUCUCUUGCGUGAUCUCCGCCCGGAUUGCAUCUUCUCCGACGUUCUAUUCCACUGGACCGUCGACGUCGCCACCGAGCUCGGCGUUCCGCGGCUCGCCUUCAGCGGCAGCAGCUUCUUCAACCUCUCCGUGUCCUAUGCAGUCGAGCACCACGAGCCCCACAAGCAGACCGAAUUUGAGAGAGAGCCAUUUCUCAUCCCCAGCCUGCCGGACCAAGUUACGAUCACGAGAUCACAGCUACCGGACAUUGUCAAAACCAGAAACAGUUUCACCGAGCUCUUUGAGAAACUAAAGGCGGCUGAAAGGAGGAGCUUCGGAAUGGUGGCGAACAGCUUCCACGCCUUGGAGUCUGCUUAUGCAGAAUACUACAAGCAAGCUAUUGGAACAAAGGCGUGGCAAGUAGGUCCAGUGUCCCUGUUCAAUAAAGACGAAGCAGACAAGGUUCAAAGAGGGGGAAAGGCCUCUGUCAGCCAAGACAGCAUCAUCAGUUGGCUGGAUUCCAAGGGAUCAAAGUCAGUUUUAUACAUCUGUUUCGGUAGCUUAACCCGAUUCAGCAAAACUCAGCUCGUCGAGAUAGCCAGCACCCUGGAAGAAGUGACUUGUCCUUUCAUCUGGGUCGUGCCUAAAGUCCUAAAAACGAAAAAGGAUUGGAACAAGGAGGAAGAAUGGUGGGUUCCAGAAGGAUUUGCAGAGAGGAUGGAGGAGAGCUGGAGAGGAAUGAUCAUAAAGGGCUGGGCGCCACAGAUGCUGAUUCUGGAGCAUCCCGCCAUUGGUGGGUUCUUGACGCACUGCGGAUGGAACUCCAUUCUUGAAGGCGUCACGGCUGGGGUGCCCCUGAUCACUUGGCCUGUAAUCGCAGACCAGUUUUAUAACGAGAAGCUUGUGACGCAGGCGCUGAAAUUUGGGGUUCCGGUGGGGAGUGAGGACUGGAAGGUCUGGGCCACAGAGGAGACGCCAUUGAUAAGCAGAGAGAAGAUUAAAUUGGCGGUGAAUAGGGUGAUGGAGGGUGGACACGAGGCCGAGGAGAUGAGAAACAUAGCGGUGAAGCUUGGGGAAUCGGCGAAGGCGGCAGUGGAAGAAGGGGGUUCUUCCUAUGAAGAGUUGAAAACCCUCAUCCAAGACAUCUCCUCAUACAGCCAAAAAUAAUAAUAAUAGUUCAUUACCAGAUCUCAAUUAGUUUAACAAAUCCUUUAAUUAUUAGAUCUU